AUGUUGCCUGCGAGGCCUGGUAGUCAUGAACGUGAUGAUGUGUCGCUGCUUGUGGAGGAGUAUCACGAGGUCAAUCAUGUGAAUAGGCUGUUGUUUACAGCUAUUCUGGAAUGUAUGCGCGACAGCCGGUCACUUCGUCAACGACGAUUAAAUGUUCGGCCUUACCAGAUAAUAGAACGUGUUCCGGCACAAGUCGCUCACCUAACGCGUCUUGUAGGCCUUACUGAUGUUGAUUGCAUAAACAAUCUUAGAAUGGAUCGUAAUACAUUUGGUCGAUUAUGCAUUCUACUCCGCGAGCGGACUGGGCUGAUUGACGGAAGGUGGGUUAAAGUCGAAGAGCAAGUUGCAAUGUUCCUCGGUGUUUUGGCACAUCAUAGCAAAAAUCGCAUUGUGGGCUUCAAUUUUCGUCGCUCAUUGCAAACGAUAUCACACUACAUUCACUCAAUUUUGAGUUCAAUAUUGCAACUUCAUGGAGAUCUUCUAGUUACACCUGAACCCGUAAAUGAUGGUUGUACAGAUCCACGGUGGAAGUGUUUUCCGGGCUGCUUGGGUGCUUUAGAUGGCACGUACAUAAACGUGACAGUGAGCAACGCAGACAAAGCAAGAUACCGAACUCGGAAGGGCCAAAUAUCGACGAAUGUACUGGCUGUUUGCGACAGAAAGCUUCGUUUUGUUUAUGUUUUAUCUGGCUGGGAGGGCUCAGCCGGUGAUUCUCGAAUCCUAAGAGAUGCAAUCAAUAGACCAAAUGGACUUAAAGUCCCUAAAGGAAGCUACUACUUGUGUGAUAAUGGGUAUGCGAACAGCGACGGAUUUCUCACACCGUACAAAGGUGUGAGGUAUCAUCUCAAAGAAUGGGGCCCCAAUGCUAUAUUCGUCCACAGAAUCCAACUGAAUUAUUCAAUAUGA